CGCCUCGCCAUCGCCUCGCCCCGCCACCGCCUCUGCUGCCGGGCGGCUCCGCCCUGCGCCGGCCCCCCCCGGGCCGGCGCAGGACUUCGUGCGCGAGGCCGGCUCCGUGCACGACUUCCUCGACGCCCACGCGCCUGCCCCGUGGGCCUCCCCUGGCUGUCACCUACAUGCCCUACAACUGGGCACUCAACGACCUGGGCGGCACCGGCGAGUACGAAGCGGAGGGCGAGCCGGCCUGGCACCAGCUCGUCGCGGUGCAGAUCGCCCUCGGCGUGGGCGCGCUCAUCCUCCUGUGCGUCGCGUGCGGCAUCGUCUUCGCCUGCUGCGUGAGGCGCCGCCAGGCCAGCAAGAGUGCUCAAGCACCAUGACUGACUGUAGAUAGACGCCGGAGCCCCCUGGCGGCGCCUCCGGCGCCGCCCCUGGCGCGCGGUGCGCGCCGGGGGGGGAGCUCCAGCGCCAAGUCGAGGCAUCCGCGCGGACCUCCGAAAGUUUCUGUUGAAUCCACUGCUUGCUCCUCGACCGGCGGCGCACGCCUCCCGUGCCUUCGGCGCCUCGGUCGGCGCGCAGCGCGCCCACGUCCCUGGCCACCUCGGGCGGGCCCCCCCCCGCGCGCGGCGGCGGCGGCGGGCGGCUCCGGCCAGAGCGCCGCGCUGCUCCCGGGGGCAUCCGCCUCCCG